AAAACCCUGCCAAACCCCAAACCCGCAAAACCCCUUGUUGCUGCUGGCUGCUGGGCUCACUGCUGUCCUUGUCGCGAUCGUUGAUCGUUGAUCAUGUGGAAGCUUCAGCCGCAGCCUCUGCAGGCGAUCAAGGCCAAUGUCUCCUCCAACCCAAAAACCUGGAUCAUCAUCGGUCUCACCGUCGCAGGGAUCGUGGUCCUGGCCGAGACCCACAGGCGAAGACGACGCCGAGCCGGAACCCAAAUCCUUCUAUCCGAACCAUUUAUGGAGCCUCGAUUCCAGCUCAUCCCCUUCCCUCAGCCCCCUCCCCCUGCCGCCACUCAGCUCCUCGCCAACCUCUCCUUCGCCAUCUCCGACAUAUUUGAUGUGAAGGGAAAUGUGACGGGGUUUGGGAGUCCCGAUUGGGCGCGAACGCAUGAAGCGGCGACCAAGACGGCGUUUGUGGUGACGACUCUGCUAAAAAAUGGGGCUACUUGCUAUGGCCACACCGUCAUGGACGAGCUCAGCUUUGGGAUUACUGGUGAGAAUGUGCAUUAUGGAACGCCUGUGAAUCCCCAAUUACAAUCCCAUAUUCCGGGAGGUUCUUCCAGUGGUUCUGCCGUGGCUGUUGCAGCCGGUCUUGUUGACUUUGCUCUUGGUACUGAUACAACUGGAUGUGUUAGAAUUCCAGCAUCAUUUUGUGGUGUCAUUGGGUACCGACCAUCCCAUGGGGCUGUAUCUAUGCUUGGAGUUUUGCCAAAUUCACAAAGUUUAGACGCUGUUGGAAUCUUUGCCCGCGAUCCAUCUAUUCUACGUCGUGUUGGACAUGUUUUGCUUCAACUGAAUUCUGUGGAACCUAAAAGGGCGAGACACCUUAUUUUUGCCGAUGAUCUCUUUCAGCUUUCUAAAGUUCCUACUGAGAAGACAGUACAUGUUGUCAGCAAAGCAAUCGAACAUCUAUCCGGGUACCAACCUCCAAAGCAUAUGAAUUUUAGUCAGUAUAUUGCUUCAAGUGUACCCAGUUUAAAAGGAUUUUGUGAAGAAUCCACAAAACAUCAAAAUGGAGUAUUUACCUUGAAAACUCUCUCUUCUGUGAUGCUUUUGAUACAGAGUUGUGAAUUCAAAACCAAUCAUGAAGAGUGGGUUAAGUCAGCGAAACCAAAGCUAGGGCCUGAUGUAUCAGAUCGUGUUCGUGCAGCAAUUAACUUUACAAAUGAAAACAUGAAAACCCUAUAUAAAGUAAGGACUGAGAUGAGAGCUGCCCUUCAAAGUCUUUUAAAGGAUGAUGGAAUAUUAGUGAUUCCCACAAUUGCAGAUCCUCCGUUAAAGCUUAAUACAAAGAAAGGGCGGUCAUCUGAGUUUAAUGAUAGAACAUUAGCAUUAACAAGCAUUGCCAGCAUGUCUGGGUGCUGUCAGGUUACAGUACCAGUAGGAAAGCACAAUGACUGCCCCAUCUCUGUUUCAUUCAUCGCGUUCCAUGGUGCCGAUAAAUUUCUCCUUGAUAUAGUCUUGGACAUGUACUCUUCAGUUCAGGAGAAAGUCAGCAUUGCAUCCCAUACAUCGCCAUUGCCAGAUACCAAUGGUAACAUGGAUGCUUCAGAACUCUUAAAAGAGAAGGGAAAUGCCGCAUUUAAGGGAAGGCAAUGGAAUAAGGCUGUCAACUAUUAUACUGAAGCUAUCAAAUUGAACAUGAUGAGUGCAACUUACUACUCCAACAGGGCAGCUGCUUACUUGGAGUUGGGGUGCUUCCAGCAAGCUGAAGAGGACUGCAGCAAGGCAAUAUCACUUGACAAAAAGAAUGUGAAGGCAUAUCUUAGACGUGGAACAGCUAGAGAAUCACUUCUUUGUUAUAAGGAGGCUGCUCAAGAUUUCAAGCAUGCCCUUGUUCUUGAACCUCAAAAUAAGGUUGCCAAUCUUGCUGAAAAAAGACUAAGGAAACUGAUGACUUGAGUCCCUGCCAACAACAAUUAUGUGUCGUAAUACUCGUGCAGAAGAAAACUAAGGGAAAGAGGUGAUGUUUUGUUUGGCGGCCGCGAUAAGUUUUUGUUCCACUUAUGUGCAUAUUAUUUAUCUUUUGUAAUUAAUCUGUUUGGGACUGAUGUUGAGAGGCCUCUAUAUACUUAAUAUAUCAUCCCCUUUUGAGAAAUGAAAAGCACAUACUUUGUUUA